AAUGCAUACCUUAUCCAAGAGGAAGGGCAUAUACUAUGGUUAUUCUCGUCUUCUCCUCCACAGAAGAACCAACCGUCACUCACGGCUGGCUCUAUCUUUCAACUAACAAUGGCUAGCUUUACUCCACCGUCACCUUUCUCUCUCAACUUCUCAACCUUCUCUCUCAAACCCAAACCCAAAUUCAAACCUCAUUCUCUUCCUUCUCUCUUUGCCAAACCCCGAAAUCUCACCGUCAACUCCAUCGACGUCUCAAAGGAAGACACCACGCCCACGUCCACGCCAACGCCGGAGCCGGCGGCGGAGAACUUGGACCCCCGGCGGCUGGAGGAGAAAUUCGCGGUUCUGAACACUGGCAUCUACGAGUGCCGGUCGUGCGGUUAUAAAUACGACGAGGCGGUGGGCGAUCCUUCGUAUCCGAUUGCCCCAGGGUUCCAGUUCGAGAAGCUUCCAGACGAUUGGCGGUGUCCCACGUGCGGAGCCGCACAGAGUUUCUUCGAGAGCAAGAGCGUUCAGAUCGCAGGGUUUGCGCAGAACCAACAAUACGGACUCGGGGGAAAUUCCCUGACCUCGGGUCAGAAGACCAUCCUUAUAUACGGCACUUUGUUGCUCUUCUUCGCUCUCUUUUUGGGUGGUUAUUUCCUACAAUAGUUUCUCUUGAACUCGGCUAUGGUAACUUUUUGUUUAUGUUGGAUUGGAUAUGUAUUUAUCGACGAAGGGUUAUAUGAAUGUAUGUAUUGUAUCUAUGUAGAAUGUGCUCUUCAUCUUUC